GAAAAUGAGUCGUCCGGUAGCCGCCAAGUCCCCGGGUGAAGACGCCGUUGAUAAGCAGGUUGUAGACAAUGUGGCCAAGUGGCAUUCAGCCGACGCCCCAUUGGCCCCUUUGACUGAAGUGCAAGUGGACCUGGUGUACGAAUUGGGCGAUAUGGUCGCUUCAAUUUACUACCCCAAAAAGGAGACUUCACAUGGAGUGGCGGCCAAGAAAGAGGAUCACCUGGGGCACAUGCCAGUUGUGAGCAAUAACAGAGAUUUCAUCCGCUGGAUGAUAAAAGUGGAGACCGACAUCCAGCAUGAAAACUUGAAGAACUUCGAACAGUAUUACAAGCGGUUGGAAAAACAUCUGCGGAACUGCGAAACGGUGUCGAAGCAUUCGGAGUACACUGUGGACUCGAUAGGCAACUUGAAGGGAACGUACCAAAAUGUUAUUGAGAAAACCAACUACUUACACAACUUGAGUGAGCAGUUGAUGGUUCAACAGCGAGUUCUCAAGGAGAAGAAGAACGAUAUUAGGUGCAAGCUGAAAUACUUUGUUUAUUUUCCCAAAUGCCAGGAAAUGGUAGACCAACUGGGGCAAGCAAGGGUAAAUACCAACGAAUAUACUGAAGUCUUAAACAAUAUAGAUAAUUCCAUUGAGUAUCUGGAGAAGAAUUCGAAUUUCAAAGAAUCCAAAGUAUAUAGAAUGAAAUACGAAAGCCUACUGGGAACCGCUUUGUCUUGUGUAUACAAUUACGUGUAUCGAAUAGUCAGUGAGACUACCAAGCAGCUUGUUAGCGUGGACGAGUCGCAAACUUCUGCUAAUACAGACUCAGUCUUUUCGCUCUAUUAUGGCAAGUUCCAAAGCGUGUCCAUUAAAGUAAAGCUGAUUUUGGACUACAUUGAAAGCAAGAACGAUCUAAACAGCUACUACAAGAACACGUUAUAUGAUUGCCAAAAGGCAUACUUCACGCAAAGGCUGCCCAUUUUAGAAGUGGCAGUUUCAAAGGCUUUGCUCGACAUCAAGAGCAGGCACAAGAAUGACUAUAGCGUGCUGUUCAGAUCCUGCUGCCUCUUCAUCAUCAAAGUUUGCAUAGAUGAAAGCAAGUGUUACAGCUAUUUCUUCAACAGUGCCUGUCCUCAGUUGCAUGAGUAUCUGGGAUCGCUUUGCCAGCACCUGUAUGAUACAUUAAGGCCCUGCCUGAUUGUGAUCAAUUACAUAGAAAUUCUGUCCGAGUUGUGUGGAAUCUUGAAAAACGAGAUGCUGAGCGAAAAAGUGACUGGGGAAGACCAUCUGAGUAGAUACGUGGAAGUGAUCAGGCAACUUCUGGAGGAUGUAGAAGAGCGAUUGGUCUUCCGGACAAACGUCUUCUUCAAACAUGAUUUAAAUGACUACAGACCGUCACCUGGAGACUUGGCUUAUCCGGAGAAGCUUCAGCAGAUGGAGAACAUUGUGCUGGAGUUGAGAGAAAAACGGCCGGAAUCUAGAUCAUCAGUGGUGUCGCUUGAAUCCCAGGAAGUCGCGCAAAUCAACGCUCCAACCACUGCAACCCACCUAAGAUCCUACACAGGCAAUUCCCCAGCAGAUUUACAUGGGAUGUGGUACCCCACUGUUAAGAGAACCUUAGUUUGUCUUUCGCGGCUCUACUUCUGUUUGGAUAGAGACACCUUCCAAGGCCUAGCUCAAGAGGCUCUGAUAGUGUGCGUUCGGACGGUGCACAAUGCUGCUGAUAUAAUUUCCUCGAGAAAAACCCCUAUAGAUGGCAAUUUGUUCCAAAUCAAACAUCUGCUUAUUAUCAGGGAGCAGAUCGCCCCAUUCCAAGUCGAUUUCACCACUAAGGAACUCACUCUGGAUUUCAGCAAUGUGCAAAAGGCCGCAGUCGAACUGUUGCAUAAACGCAAUCUAAUUUUUUCAUUCAGCAGCAACAAUGCACUGUUGGAGUUCCUGUUGGAGGGAACGCCCAAAGUGAAGGAAUACUUGGUGGAUUCCAGAAAGGAAAUCGAUAAGCAGCUGAAGCUCUGCUGCGAAUCGUUCAUAGCCUAUGUGACGCAGCUGCUUAUAGGGGGCUUGCUAGACUGGAUUGAGAAGGCUGAAAAAAUUUUGAAGAUUAUUCGCGUGGAGAAUACCAUUUCCAAUGAUUUAACAGUCAAAGGGCAAGGAUUUGGGCGGACUGAAAAUGUCGCAGGAUUAAUAAAAGACGCUCAAAAAAACAUGAAAACCAGAAUUCCAGACGUGCAGCGAUCGAUGCAACUGUAUUUGGCAAACCGAGAGACAGAAUUCAUCCUUUUCCGGCCAGUGAAAAAUAGCAUCAUCAACGCUUUUAUGCAGGUUGACCAGAUCCUGCUGAAAGGCGGUUACUCGGCGGACGACCAGCUGCAAAUUGCCUGCCCAUCGCCCGAACAGAUCAACAUUUUGAUUUGUUCUGUAUCAUUGACUAUUGAUCAAGAACCUUUAAACCAUUAAUUAUGCAAAUUUCAGGGUUUUUUUAUUUACUGUGAUGAGUGUAGAUUUGAAACUAAUAAAGUUUAUUCCUGUUUAAA